CAUCCUGAAGUAAUUAUAACCUGAUCGAUGAUGACAGACGUAGCAACAUGCACCAGCAGAUGUUGGAUAAUGCCGCGGUAUAUCCUUGAUAGCACCGAGUCGAAAAACCACAAGGACGACAAGUAUUUGUACGUCGAUAUCACAGAGCAAAAUAUGAUUCUCAAUCGGAAUUGGCAAAACGUUAAAAACUCUCCCUUGAGGUGCAGUCUCUUUCCGUACGUCGCGCCGUACGUUAAAUUUUGCACCUUUGAUGCGAAAAGAGGAAGUGAGAUGCCAGGAAGUGUCACGAAACACUUGAAGUUCAGUCUGGCGAAUCAACGGUCCAGCAACAUAGUGCGAAAAACUUUUCUCAGAUCGGGGUGUUCGUUGACAAAGAAAUUGUCGGACUGCUGUGGAAUAUGGGGAAAACAUUGCAACAAGCCACCUAGUCGGAGCAGUGAUCUCAAGAGAUUUCAGAAGGUGAACAGGAUUCCAGGGACGUUACAAUUAUCAUGCAAAGACAAACUGUGGAGACACGUUAAUGUUAUGGCGAGUAAGUUCGGAAAAGAGGCAUUUGGCUUUAUUCCCAAGACUUAUAUUCUGCCUGAAGAGAGUUGGCGGCUUCGUCAGGUCUGGGAGGAAAAUCGUGGCAAAAAAUGGAUCGUUAAGCCACCGAAAGCCGAUCGAGGAAACGGAAUACGCGUGGUGAACGAGUGGUGGGAGAUACCGAAAUAUCGUUCGAUGAUUGUCCAGCGAUACUUAUCGAAGACAAGAUUAAUUCGUGGCCAAAAGUUCGACAUAAGAUUGUACGUCUUGAUUACCAGCUUCAAUCCGCUCAGGAUAUAUCUUUACCGGGAUGGCUUGGUCCGUUUUGCUACGAUGAAGUACGUCGACGGUGGAAAUUACCUAAUAGAGAAAUGCAUGCACCUCACGAACACGAACAUAAACAGGACAAACGCUGCAUACAGAGUACCCUCGUCGGUAGAUUCGCAAUCUGGGCAUCUGUGGUCUCUGAAGACUCUCUGGAAGUUCUUGGAGAAGAGCGACGAUUCGGUCGACGUCAAGGGGAUAUGGAGCGAGAUGAAAGACAUAGUAGUGAAGACCCUUAUCUCCGGGGAACCAUCCGUCGAAAAAGUGCUCAAAGCUCAGAACCCAUCGCGAUUACAAGCCCUGGCUAUUGGAGGUAAACCGCGGUCCAUCCAUGAGCAAUGACACGCCUGUCGAGUCGAACGUCAAAGGAUCGUUGUUGAAGGAUGCCUUAAACAUGGCUGGUUAUCAGCUACCGAACACCUUGUCGGUCACCGAUAUUCAGAGCUUAUCGCGGAGCUAUCGACUCGGCCAAGUGUGUCACGAUUCCAGGAUC